AUGAGAUCUCACCGUAGUUUUAUAAAACCAAACGCAAAGUGUAUGCAACAUCAACGAAGCAAAGCAUUAUCAAAACAUCGUAUGCCACCAGACGUCACUAAUAUGAGUCAAUGCUUGCACGCUGUUAAUCUUUCACCGACUGUUCGUUUUCACGAUCAAAAACUACAGGCUGAAAAUGAUUAUCUAAGGAACCAAUUGGCAGAAUACUCAGAGAAUCGUAAUAGGAACGUGGAUGAUUAUUUGUCUGCAAGUAUUAGCCAACUAACUACCGAUGUCACUACUUUAAAAGCUAAGCUGACUGAGACGCAAAAGUUGAAGUACUCUAUGGAAGAAAGCUACAAAGAGGCUGUUCAAGAGUAUCAUCUCGCAGUAGUAGAGCAAUUCACUGAAUUGAAACAGCAGUUAAAUGAGACUCUACUAAAAAACGAGGCAUUGGAGAACAGUGUGGCUGUAAUAGCUAAAAAGAUGGAAGAAAUCACCCAUGGUAAGGAUGAGGAAACUAAAGCAAUGGAACAUCGAUGGACGGAUAAAAUAAAAACGAUAUGUGAACGAUUUGACUCGUUUACCAGGGAGAAGAAUAAAGAAUUACAAUUGAAGCAAGACUUGCUUGAUAAGAGAGAUUCAGAAAUGUGGAAACAGGAUGCAGGAAGAAAAGAGGAGAUCGAAUUGUUCACUAAUAAAAUUCACGAUUUAGAAACGAAAUUAGAAAUGAAGAUCAGAGAUGAGGAUAAAUUACAGGAAAUGAUAGUCGGGCAAUAUGCAAUAAUGAAGGAAGAAUUUAACAAAAUGAGGAAUGAAAUGGAUUGCGAAACUCAAAAACAAAAUCAAGAUUUAGUAUCGAAGGUAUCUGCUUUGAAGAAGGCUGUAGUAAAGCUUGAAAAAUCAAAAGAGAAACUUGAGUACGACUAUGAAAAGAAAUUAUCUCACAUAAUCAAGAAUAAAGAUAUGGAAAUAAAGGCCUUGCGGUUACGGCUACAGGAACAGAAAAAUGAACUGUGCACGUCUUUAAGUACAAAAAAGCAAAGCGAAAUGAACAACGUUGUCUCCACAUUGGAAAAACGGUAUAGAACGCUUUUGGCGGAAACAGAAGUAAUGUCAGAAACUCAAACCCAAGAAUAUCUCAGGAAAAUAGCUAUUUUAGAAGAUCAAGUACUUAAUAUGAAGAAGUGUUGA